ACCAGCCAUGAAUACCAUUCCAUUCUCUCAUGGCCUUUCUCUCCCUUUCUCCACACCCACCAAACCCUCCCCAAAACCCCAGCCCUGCCACCAUAAAACCCACUUCUCUCACAGCUUCCAAACCCACCGCUUCCACCACUUCCAAGAGGCACUUUCUCCUCAAAACCACUUCACUUUUCAUCAUUUCCUUGACCCCAGCAUACCCACUUGCCCAUUCUUCAGCUGAACCUUCACUGCCUCCGAAACCGGCUCUUUCCGGCAUUGCAAACACCAAGUCUUGGUUCCAGUUCUAUGGUAAUGGGUUCGCAAUUCGGGUGCCGCCACAGUUUGAGGACAUCACGGAGCCCGAGGAUUACAGUGCUGGAUUGUCUCUAUAUGGAGACAAGGUAAAGCCUAAGACCUUUGCGGCAAGAUUUGCAUCACCAGAUGGAUCUGAAGUUUUGAGUGUUGUCAUUCGCCCAACCAAUCAACUCAAGAUCACCUUUUUAGAGGCCAAAGACGUUACUGAUUUAGGUUCUUUGAAGGAGGCUGCAAAAAUUUUUGUUCCAGGUGGGUCCAAUUUAUACACUGCAAGAACUAUAAAAAUAAAGGAAGAGGAAGGUCUCAGGACUUACUACUUCUAUGAGUUUAGUAGAGAUGAACAGCAUGUAGCCCUAGUAGCUGCUGUUAAUAGUGGAAAGGCAAUUAUUGCUGGAGUAACUGCCCCACAGUCUAAAUGGGACGAUGAUGGAGUCAAGCUUCGGUCUGCUGCUAUAUCACUAGCAGUUCUCUAGGCAUGUGACCCAAUGAUUCAAUAAGCAGCUGCAUUACAGAUGGAUUCAAGAUGCAUCCAGCAUUUGAUUAGUCAUCCUUGACUGAAUUCCUUCUGCUUCCAUAUUCAUUGCAAAUGGUCAACUGUCAGCAGCUUCCUUCCUAGGAGACUUUUCAUGCAAGCUAGAGUUGAUGAAAACUUGACUUAGAGGGCAUUUUUACCAUUUUUUAGAUUGUAUCAGUUGAUUUCUCUUCAAUAUUUGAAAUUUUGAGCAAUU